CGGGCUAGGCUGGGUGGAUAGAAGGUGCUGCUGGCCUCCUGGGUGCCCGGAUGGCCUGGGGCCCUACGCAUCGGUCCCGCGCCUUCAGACACUCCACAGGCUUAGUCAGAGUUCCGGAAACUGCCCUGGAGAUCAGCCUCAGGGCAGUUGAAGAUCAGCUAAAGAUAUGUGGCCACAAGAGGGAUGCUGAUGUCUUUGAGCUGUUCCUUUCUCAAAAGGACCUGACAGAAGUCAUUGAUCUCUCUAGGUUUAAAAAAUUAAAAUACUUAUGGCUACAUCACAACAAGCUCCAUGGAAUAACAUUUCUAACUAGAAACUAUUGUCUGACAGAACUAUAUCUAAACAACAAUGCCAUAUUCGAGAUAGAAGGCCUGCACUCUCUACCUUCAUUGCAUAUCCUUCUGCUACAUCAUAAUGAGCUAACGGACAUCGAUGCAACAGUGAAGGAACUGAAGGGAAUGCUCAAUCUGAAGCGCCUAAGUCUCUUCCAAAACCCUCUGUGCCAAUAUAACCUGUACCGUUUAUAUAUCAUCUACCACCUUCCAGGAGUAGAGGUGCUUGAUCGAAAUCAAGUUACAGAGAAAGAAAGAAGAUCAAUGAUUACCAUUUUUAAUCACAAAAAGGCUCAUAUAGUUCAAUCAAUAGCAUUCGGAGGAAAAGUAGACGCCUCAUGGAAUCCUAGAUCACCGUUUAAGCAAACACCGGCUCAGAGAGUACCUCCAGAUUUUGCAUUUGCGAAUAAUGUAGACAAAACUGUGUUUGAUAACCCAGAAGAUGCUGUAUUUGUAAGGUCCAUGAAGAGAUCAGCUAUGGCUAUUACCUCCCUCAACUGGGACACAGUUCCAACACGAGAGGAAAAAUACCUCGACGAGAAAGGCACGGAACCUCCUCAAAUGCUCACAGUUACACUGAGAUAAACCCUGGUAUUUGCAGAAAUCCUAGUGGUUUUCAGCUGUUCAUUAAACUUCUCUGUGAUAAAGUG